CACCCACCGCGCGCUCGACGCACCAAGCCAUGGCCCGCACGAAGCAGACGGCGAGGAAGUCCACCGGCGGCAAGGCCCCGCGCAAGCAGCUGGCCACCAAGGCGGCGCGCAAGUCGGCGCCCGCCACCGGCGGCGUGAAGAAGCCGCACCGCUUCCGCCCGGGCACCGUCGCGCUCCGCGAGAUCCGCAAGUACCAGAAGAGCACCGAGCUGCUCAUCCGCAAGCUCCCCUUCCAGCGCCUCGUCCGCGAGAUCGCCCAGGACUUCAAGACCGACCUCCGCUUCCAGUCCUCCGCCGUCUCGGCCCUGCAGGAGGCCGCCGAGGCCUACCUUGUGGGGCUGUUCGAGGACACCAACCUCUGCGCCAUCCACGCCAAGCGCGUCACCAUCAUGCCCAAGGACAUCCAGCUCGCGCGACGCAUCCGGGGCGAGAGGGCCUAGGCUAGCACCGUUCUCGUUCUUGUACCUGCGGGUGUAUCAGUCUGGGUUAGCUUCUUGUUUUAGACGGUGUUGAGUAAUGGAGACGUGCUAGUGUUGUACGAAGUUCAACGUUUCUUGCCUUGUAAUCGUGUGUUCUGAUGUUACCAUCUUGUUGUCAUCAGCAACUGAAAAAGAGAAUGUUUAUGUGAUCUGAAA